AUGCUCAAGAAAUUCUUCCGACGUCAUUGCGUUGUGGCAAAAAUUCUGCCGAACUUUGAAGCGGUCCUUUUUAUCGAUGCCGAUAUUGGAGUCGUCAAUCCGAAAAGGUUUCUUUUCACUUUCUUGAAAAGUCAACUAACAAGAAAAAAAACUUUUUUUGACUUCAAUUUAUGAGAAAAUCAAAACAUUUUCGAGCCGUUUGAUUAAUAAGCUAUUAUCAUUUGACAAGAAAGAGGGUUUCAGACGAAUUGAAGAAUACAUGGAUAGCAAUUUCGACGUGGUUUUUUAUGAUCGAUUCUAUAAUUGGGAAAUCACAGCGGGUUCAUACAUUGUCCGGAAUACUUCGUUUGCUGUAAAGUUUUUAGAGAGUUGGUCGAUUUUAUCGCAAUUAAAAAAUUCAAGAUAUUUCAGAUUUUGCCAAGUUUGAAACCAGACUUCCUGAAAGCUUUCAUGGAACCGACAAUGGCGGUUUGCAUGUAGAAACACGAAAAAUGACUCUUUUUUUAUUCGGAGUUUCAGCUCUACGUAGCAGAAGUUUUGUAUCCAAGUCACCCAAGGAUCAAAAAAUGUGAACAAGUCUACCAGAGAUCGGCCAACUACGACGACUUGUUCUCAUUCGAGGCGUGCAUCCGCUCGAUUCUGGGUCCUAAAACGGAUUUUGACAGAAUUCGCAUAAUGCACAAGGCAAGAAGAACUUUCUCAUUUCUGAAAUAUAAUUGAAAUUUGAGGGAACCGGAUGGUCGCGAGACAAUUGGUUGACCAACAGUCUAUGGAAUGCCGAGCGAGACUUCAUGAUUCACGGCUGGAAGACAAACCAAUACUUAAGAACUCCGAUGGAUCCUGGGUGAGCCUGAGAACUCCCUAGAAAGAACUUCCUGAUUAUCUUUCAGCAUAAUUGAGAGUUCUAGAGGAGCUUGGUACAAUCCACUUGUGGGCCCAAUAAUGCUGGAGAAAUGCUCGCCCAGGUGUUUCGGUUUUAUUUCAAAUUAAAGCAUCUUGUUCAGCAACUCUUCGUGGGACUACGAUCCUCGGCUGAUCACCCCAACUUCAAGAAUCAAGAAAAAACUCGACGACUUCGAACGGGAAAUCGACAAAAGUCAAAUACUUAGUCUAGCACGAAUAUCGAAAUUUUUGUAA